AACACCCUCAUCCAUGCCCGACAGGGGCAACGCUCAGGCUCUUCAGCGGGAAAGUUGUGCGACUGGAGCGCUUGGCUAAGCGGCCCGGCGUGGACGAGUUCCUGUGAGACAUGGCAAAGCUCUACAAGAUAGUUGUGUUUACUGUGGCUAUGCAGUACUAUGCAGACAAGAUUCUGGACAAGCUUGACCCAGAGGAAUUGAUCACUCACCGCCUGUACCGGUGUGUCUUGCAAAGGAGGGGAAACGAUGAUCAAAGACUUGUCACACUUGGGUCGCAACUUGAAGCGUGUGGUGAUCCCCACUCCUUUUCCUUGCAGCCCAGGAAUGGAAUCCCCAUCCCAGCUUUGAUUUUUCUUGCGUGUCGAUCGAGCCCCUUAUAUUCUUCCAGGAGUCGAAGCUCCGAGUAAUAGCCUGGAUUGUCCAGACUCCAGUCCCGAGUUCUCGAUGGAUCCCCUUUGGCUUUGAGAAGCAUAGCGUUCUUUCAACGUGUGCAAAAGCAAAACCACCGGGUGUAGUGGCAAGACUUAUGGGUCUCGAGACAAUGCCGGUGGAGACAAUGGGUGACAUGCUUAAGAGGAACGGCUCUUCGUUGGAAAGGGCGAAGAUGAUAGAAGCUGUCUCGCGCAAACUCUUGAGACACAGUCGCAAGAAGCUGGCCAGUUUUCAAGAGUCACAAAGUCAGUGCUGGGCGAGACUUUCCGGGAGGGAACAACACCGAAUUACUCUCCGAGGGUUACGCACCGAUCCCGGCAGCUUUUGGAAGCGAUGCGGUCUCUCGAGCCGAGUAAGGACAGCUUUCUCCAGUUUGAAAGUCCAGUGGAGCCUGUGAAUGAGGAGCCUUAGAAGACGCCAACUCUUCUCCAUCUCUUGUUGAACGGACAUGAAGGGCAACGUGCUGAAACUCGAAAGAAAGUCUCUAUUGACAAUGGUUCGACGAGGAUUGUAGUUUUGAAGCCUGGUCCGGCAAAGGGAAGACAAGAAACAGGGUCCUGCUCUCCACCAGUACAUGCUAGCACAAGAGAAACUAGACAAUUUCACGAGAAGGUGAUGAUCAACAAGCCGCACUCUCCAGAUUUUCGGGAAACAACCAGCAACAAAGUCUUUGAAACGCAACCGCGAUUUCACAGGGAGGAGUUUGAGGCUGUCACCGAAACCAAAACGCAGCAGCAGUCUGCCAGGGAGUUCGUUAUACAUCGCCUCAGAGAUGGCUCCAAGGAUGCGAAAGAAAUCGCUCAAGAGAUCGCCAGGAAGGCUCGGGAGAGUGCUUUCAGAGACGUCAGCUCGCAUUUGCCUUCGCCGGAACGGACGCCACUGGACAUCCAAGACGCUUCCACUCCGACGCUGAGACGAUAUAUCAGUUGCCACCAAAGUUUGGAAAGUGCGAAUCUUACGACUUCUUCGCCAGCAUACCAAACGACGCCAAUAAAACUUUCGAGAAAGCAGGCUCUCGUUGACGAAGACCGGCCUGGAGACACGCUAGAACAGAGAACCUUUUCUGAAGAUUAUGAUACACGACUGGCGCCUCAAGUUGAAAUCGUAGAGGUAUGGUUUCCAAGGUGGUCUUUCUCUCGAUGACGAAUUUUUGCAAAUGCGAGCGAGACGUUGCAGCAGACAAGUCCAGUAUCUAUUUUGGAACUUCGCAAAAGACACUCGGGAGAAACUCGUCGAGUUUUAAAAGCACCGAAUCGGGGAGUAAACACAGGGAAACCUGUGGCUGACACUCGUCUAGCAGAUCUUGUCUACGUUUCUAAGGUACUUUUGGCGUCCAAGAAUCCGCCCCUUUAUGAGUGUGACAGUCGAAGGCCUGUGGCUAUUUCUCAAGCUUUUCAGACGCUGGAAGCAGACUAUCAAGGAAGUCCUGACAAUUUAUCUCAUCGCCGGUUUCUCUUCGACGUCGUCAACGAGAUUUUGGCUCGGAAGUCUUGUAAGCCUUCGAGCCGGGGACUUCUGCGAGACGUUUGGAGUGAGAUAUGCCAUAACACAGGCCUCCAGCAGCAGUCAGUCGAAGGCCUUCACCAGGGAGAUGUUAGUAAAGAGGCAAACUGGGCAGGCACAGAGGAGGAGCUACAGAGAAUAGCAGUGCUAAUUGCGAAGGAGAUUUUCAGCUUUCUACUGGAUGACGCUGCCAGAGAGUUACUGAAGGCAGGAACCUGCGACAAGUGUCCACUCGUUUUCCCCGAGACGGAAGAAUGAUUCUUUCCGGAAAAAGCCAACGUGGAAGGGCGAGGAACGGGCUUCGAUGUGUCAGCUGGCCUACUCCACCAAAAUAUAGCGCUUCAGGCAAACCACAUGUGGUACUCGUCCCGUAUCCUGCUCAGGGGCACUUUUCGCCAGUUGUGUUCCUCGGCAAGAAGCUGGCAGAACUCGGAUGCGCAGUUACCAUUGCCAACGUGGUUUCCAUUCAUGAGCAGAUCAAGGUAUGGGAUUUUCCUUCGGAGUUGGAUAUCAGGCUGGAGCCUCUUCAUCCCGCGGUGGAUUUGUCGAAAGGAGUUCUCGCUGCUGCAGAAGCUGAUCUAAUACGCUUUUCAAGAGCAGUUUACGAUCUCGGCGGCGAGUUCAAGAAUUUGAUCCAAGCUCUGAAUGACAGUGGACCUCGCGUUACCGUCAUAAUCUCUGAUCACUAUGCUGGAUCAUGGUGUGCUCCAGUUGCCAGCGAAUUUGGAAUUCCAUACGCUGUUUACUGGCCUGGAAGUGCGGCUUGGUUUGCUGUUGAGUACCACGCCCCACUGCUUAUUUCGGAAGGCGAUCUUCCGAUAAAAGAUGGCGAGGACCGAGAAAUCACUUACAUUCCGGGGAUAGACUCGAUCAAGCAGUCUGAUCUUCCAUGGCACUACACGGAAGCCGUCCUUGAGUACUUUCGUGCUGGAGCCGAGCGACUCAAGGCGUCCUCCUGGAUCCUGUGUAACACAUUCCACGAGCUGGAGCCCAAGGUGGUGGACGCGAUGAAGAAGCUUUUCAACGACAAGUUUCUGCCAAUCGGUCCCUUGUUCCCGGUGCUGGAUGAUCACGGCGACUUGAAGUCCGUGCUGAGCUUUCUCAAGGAGGACAGGGAAUGCCUCGACUGGCUCGACACGCAGCCAGACUCAGUCCUCUAUGUCGCAUUCGGCAGCAUAGCGAAGCUGUCGCAGGAGGAAUUCGAGGAGCUCGCGCUCGGUUUGGAGGCGAGCAAGGUGCCGUUCUUGCUCACAGUCAGGCCGCCCCAGUUCGUGGACGAAGCAGACACGACAGUCCUGGUGAAGAACAGUGACUUCUACAAGAACUUCGUCGAGCGGACCAAGGGACGAGGCCUGGCGGUUUCAUGGGCGCCGCAGAGAGAAGUUCUGGCGCACAGGGCAGUGGCUGGAUUCGUGAGCCACUGCGGAUGGAACUCGGUCCUGGAGAGCGUCUCCAGCGGCGUGCCGAUCAUCUGCUGGCCUCGGAUAUACGAGCAGGGGCUCAACUGCAAGAUCAUGGCGGAGAGGUGCCGCAUCGGGGUGGAAGUUUCGGACGGGAGGAGCUCCGACGCGUUUGUGAAGCGGGAGGAGAUUGCUGAGGCCAUUGCGAGGAUCUUCAGCGACAAAGCUCGAAAGGCGAGAGCGAGGGAAUUCAGGGACGCGGCGAGAAAGGCAGCGGCACCGGGUGGUGGCUCUCGGAAUAACCUGAUGCUGUUCACAGACUUGUGUUCUACCGACACUCGAUCGUGGUGAUCUACCAGUGCAAGAUCUCAGUUGACAGAAUCAAAUUCUUCUGCUAUCUUGAA